AUACACACGCAUUCGGUUACGGCAUUGUCGUAGCUCUGAGGACUUCCCGCGAAUAAAACUAUAUUAAACGGUGUAAUAAUGUGAUGUCGUUAAUUAGCGAACAAAUUUGGUAUAAAAGAAGUUGAAUUUAUAAAAAAUGUUUCAAAUUAGUCAAAGGUUGUCGGUUGGUUAAAUAUAGUUAGUGUUCGGAAAUUCGGAAAUUAUUAUUUUUUAAUUCGAAACGAUGAAGCUGUUUAUAGUUGUGUUAUGUGUUGUCGCUAGUACAGUUACAGCGGCACCAGGUCGUAGAGAUAGAUAUGGUUAUGGAGGACAACCUGGAUAUGGAGGAUACGGUGGUCAACCUGGAUUCGGUGGCCAGCCUGGAUUUGGUGGACAACCUGGAUUUGGUGGACAACCUGGAUUUGGUGGCCAGCCUGGAUUUGGUGGCCAGCCUGGAUUCGGUGGACAGCCUGGAUUUGGUGGACAACCUGGAUUCGGUGGCCAACCUGGAUUUGGUGGACAGCCCGGUUUCGGUGGCGGUUUCGGAGGACAACCGGUAUUCGGAUCGUCACACUCCCAAUCCAAUGCUUUAGCUAAUUCGCAAUCUGGUGGAGGAUUUGGCGGUCUCGGUCAAUCAAAUGCUAUUUCCAGUGCGAAUACACAAAGUGGCGGAGGUUUCGGCGGUGCCUCUUCAAGUGCAUCAGCAUCAGCACAAUCAUCAUCACAGGGAUUUGGUAAAUAAACGGAGGCUAUGAGCACGCUAUGAGAGAAGCCAAAUAUUUUUAAUUUAAUAAAAUGAAGUUGUGGACUCGA